AUGCGCGCAGGAACCCACGAGUAACACUCGUUUGCUAGUCACUAAAAACGUAUAUUAUUUCGUAUCACUAUUAUAUUAUUUUUAUCUUCAGGUUAAUUCGUUAGUCGGUCGUACUUGGCGUUUUUUAUAAUAUUUUUACGUUAUUACCCGAUCGCCACCGGAUAAGUGUGGAAUUAUAACAGGUACUUCAUUGUACACGAAAUAACGAUAUAUUAUUAUUACUUCGGCGGACAACGCGAUACGCUGGAAAAAAUCGAUAACACUGCGCGACGUAACAUGGUGAGCAGCGGUUGCAACGGCAGUGCCGGUGGCAACGGCAACGGUAACAACAACAACAACAACAACCACCACAACAACAACAACAACAACAAUAACAAUAACAACGUCAACAACGUCAACGACAUAAACGCGAACAACAACGACGGCAUGCACGAUGGUUGCUCGGCCGAUUCGCUGGACGUGCACACCUCCGAGGACCAACGGUACAAGCCGCUGUUGGAGGCCAUCAAAGCCGGCGAUUACGACGAGUUCGAGUUCGCCGUGGACAAGUGCGGCGGCGAGGCGCUCAGCUUCCGAGACGAAUGGGGCUACACGCCGGCCCACUGGGCCGCGCUCUACGGCAACGCCGAGGUGCUCAGGUACCUGGUGGCCAGGGGCGUGACCGUGGACAUGUCGUGCUACGGGAUCCAGGGCUCCAAGCCGGUGCACUGGGCAUGCCGCAAAGGUCACACCGCCGCGGUCCAAGUGCUGUUGCAGGCCGGAGUAAAUCCAAACGUAUCAGACUUCAAAGGCCUCACGCCCUUAAUGACCGCCAGCAUGUUUGGUAAAACUUCUACGGCGAGUUUCCUAUUAGGUAUGGGUGCUCUACACCACCUGACCGACAUAAAUGGCGACACGGCAUUACACUGGGCCUCGUACAAAGGUCACUCAGAACUGAUAAGGUUGUUGUUGUACUCUGGAGCUGAUCUGACGAAAGCUGACAAUUUCGGGUCAACGCCGUUGCACUUGGCCGCCCUUUCCGGAAGUGCCAAAUGCGUUGAAAUACUUUGUCAGAACAGUCAAAUAUCGUUACAACCCAGGGAUAAAAACGGCAAAACUCCGUUAGGCCUAGCCGUGAACCACAGGUAUGAGGACAUCGCAGGACUGCUGAACAAAGAGAUCAAGAAAAGAAAGAAGUGGAUGGUACCUCUCCACAAAGCGUUAAAUGCAAUUUUUGGAAGUUCGGCGUAUUCAAAAGGUCCUUUGCUGCUAUUUUUGUGUUCUUUCUUGAUUUGGUGGUAUCCUCUUUACAUAUAUAGAAUCGUACCUGUCACGUGGAACUUAACAAGAGGUUGUCACUACACGUAUAUAGCCUGGAAUAUUUUCAUGUGGAUAUGUUGGUUUACUACGAAACAAUCAGAUCCUGGAUUCUUACCAAUCGAUUCAGGGAGUUACAUUCAAACCAUUAGACAAUUGCCGUUUUAUCCGUGUGACAUGGGUACCAAAAGAGAUAUUUUGUCAAGACUUUGUCACACGUGUCGCUGCGUAAGACCCUUGCGUGCUAAACACUGCCGACUGUGCAACAGAUGUGUCCAACAUUUUGACCACCACUGUCAAUUCGUUAUGAAUUGCAUUGGCCUUAGUAACAGGUCAUGGUUCUUCUGGUUCGUCAUCAGUCUAGCCAUGAAUUGUUCGUACAUAAUUUACUUGGUGUGCUGCACGAUCAACGUGGAAGGGUUUAACGUAUUUUACGUCCUGGCACUAUUGCAAGCAUUCGCGUUUGGUGUUUUGAGUUGGGCCUUGACUGCGACGAUCUGUAUCAACGCAUUGAUGAAUUUAACCAGAAACGAGAUGAUCAACCAUAAAAAGUACACGUACUUGAAAAACAGCAGAGGCAAAUACUACAACCCAUUCUCUAGAGGCGUUGUAAUUAACGUUUUGGAAUUUUUCGGGUGUACACAAAACAGAACAAACUACGAGGGCGAUAGAUAUAAUUGUUACGAUUGAGGGGGGAGGGACAAAUAUACAAAGGAAAUAUGUAGGUAACUUAAAAUAUCUACUUAAACUGCCGUCACUUUUAAGGUGAUUACCAAUUUCCGGGUAAUUACGGAUAAACGAAUCAAAGUACGUCUCUAUAAUAAUUAAUAAGACCCGAUCAUUUUUAACAAUAUUAUUCUGCCUCUUAAAUUUCUGCACGUUCAUUAUCAUACGAAAUAAUAAUUUUAAUAAACCGUCUUUAAUCGUAAUAUUUUAAUAAUAUUAUAUUUAAGCUAUAUUACACAUGUGAGUACAAGCAGAUUUUACUUCAGUGUAUUCGGAAAAAGAUAAGUUAUAUAUUGUUAUUCAAAUGUUUAUUUUGCUACGUCAGAACACUUGAAGUGAAUAUUUUACACACACAUUUUGCAUAUAGAUAAUAAUACUAUUUAGCGUAUUAUGCGUCUAAAUCGCGCAAUAUCAUCAUAUAAACAUAAUAUGUGAAGUUAAAUAAAAAAUCUUGAAUGCCGACGACAGGACGAUGAUGAUGAGUUUGGGCUAGGAUACCUGUUUUACUUUUUCAAACCAAAAAUAGGAGACAGCCUGUUUGGUCAUUCAAACACUGUAAUAGACUCUUCGCUUAUACUUUCUACUUGGUAACAGCUGUUGUGCACAAUAAAAUAUAUAACCAUUUGCAUACAAUAAAACGUGCGUUCGUCGUAUGUAUAGAUUCGCGUAUUUUUUUCCCAGCGUUCAGGUACAAUAGGAAAAGAAAGAAAGAGAAAAACAUUUUUGCAAAACAAAACUCACUUCUCGUACGAUUUGUAUUUAUA